AAACACAUUUAAUACAUAAAUAAAAAUAAUAACGGUAGGAUACAAACCGAAUAAUAACAAAUUAAAUACUUGUCCCAAUAAAGCUCCUUGUUUUGCAUUUAAUCAGACCUUACCACAAUGACUGUGGGAAAUCAGUAGCAAUUUCCUGCCGUUUUGAUGUGCAAAGUUAAGAAAAUUACUUAAAAAAAAAAAAGAUCGUCGAGAUUGAAAUCGUUAAAGCAAAGCAAAAGUUUACCAGGAGAUGAAGAAAAAUCCCUUCUCCCCAUUCUCCUCAUGUCUCUACCCCCUUUGCAUUAUCUCCCCAUCGGGAUCUUUCCCCCCAUUUCCUUGCCAAUUGCCCGUCCUGAUCGGUUUACCCACAACCAGCGCACCACCACAAACACACAAACAUACCAACAACGAUAACAGCGCGCGCUCCACGGUUCGAGGCUCAGCCCGCUGCCCCUCGCACCUCAGUCCACAAACCCCCGUUUAAACCAAGUCCGUUGAACCUGGCUCGCUGCGCCGCACCAGCCCAGCCCGCGGAACUACAGGCGCGGAGCUGCACGUGAGAACCCUAACGCAGCUCUUCCAGCAAGGAGCAGCCCGGGGGCACAAAGGAGGCAGCUUUAGGAUCUUCGGUUAGCUUCCCUCCGGCGGCGGGCGAGCCAAGGAAGACCCCCUCCCCCCGGACAGGGCGCACAAGUCAUCCCGUCGUCCGGUCUCUGCGGAGGGUCCGGUGAGCCGCGCCCGGCGUCGCUGUGUGCGGGGCAUCGGGGGCGGGCACAAUUCUGCCAGCAGCGAGUCCCCCCCCCCAUACACACACACGCGUGCUCCUCUCGCUCUUUCUCCCCGACUCGGCUCGGUCGGGAGGAAGCCUGGGCGCCGAGCCUGGCUUGUUGCUUGCUGCUGCCGCUACCGCCGCUUGGCUGCCUCCGCCUCCCGGUAGGCUGCGCUGUGCUCAGCGUUGCCGGCUGGGAAUCGCCCCCUUUUUCUUCUCCCCUCCCCUCGGAGGCCCCCUGAGUCAGGAGUUGCUACCGCCAGCGCUGCUCCGCGCGGCUCCAGUCCCGCGCUGCCUCGGGAAGGGAAGGGAAAGAGCCGCGGCGAUUGCAGCAGCAGCAAGAGCACCGGCGGCGGCGCUCGGCUCCCGGCUUCUUCCGCCUGGCACCUUUCGGUCAAUGGAUACCUUAUGCUGCUGGGAAGCAGCUGCCAAGCUCCGGAGCUGAUCCACCGGCUGGAAAGAAGGGAUGAAAGAAUGAUGUGAUGGAGAAGAAUAUGGGCCACUGGUCAUAUCCAUUGGCUCCUGCUUCUGGCCUCGUCUUCCUGCUUGUCCAGCUUUUGGGUAACAUCUGUUAUGGCCUUCAAGGGAGUUUACCACUGGGCUUCCACUUCACACAUUCCAUUUACAACACCACGGUGUAUGAAAACUCAGCGGCACGGACUUACUUGAACAGCCAAAGCAGAAUGGGCAUCGCGAUGGCUGAUUUCUCUUGGGACAUCAAAUACAGGAUUGUGUCAGGCGAUGAUGAAGGUUUCUUCAAAGCAGAGGAAGUUGCAAUAGCUGAUUUUUGCUUCCUUAGGAUAAGAACUAAAGGGGGGAAUUCCGCCAUACUGAAUCGAGAAAUCCAGGACAACUAUUUAUUAGUAAUAAAAGGUUCUGUCCGGGGAGAAGACUUGGAAGCUUGGACAAAAGUGAACAUACAGGUUUUGGACAUGAAUGAUUUACGACCUUUAUUUUCACCCACCACCUAUUCUGUAACGAUACCUGAAAGCACACCUCUGAGGACUAGUAUCGCACAGGUCACCGCGACAGAUGCUGAUAUUGGUUCGAAUGGUGAAUUCUAUUACUACUUUAAAAAUAAAGUUGAUCUGUUCUCAGUCCAUCCCACUAGUGGGGUUAUCUCCUUAAGUGGCAGGCUAAAUUACGAUGAGAAGAACCGCUAUGAUCUUGAGGUUCUGGCUGUGGACCGUGGGAUGAAGCUGUAUGGCAACAACGGAGUAAGCAGCACUGCCAAACUUUACGUUCAUGUUGAACGUAUAAAUGAGCACGCCCCAACUAUUAAUGUUGUGACGCAUGUCCCCUUCCCUUUGGAUAAGGAAUCUACGUAUGCUGUAAUUAAUGUUGAUGAUGUAGAUGAAGGUGCCAACGGUGAAAUUGAAUCUGCUUCUAUUGUGGCUGGAGAUCCCUUGGAGUACUUUCAGUUGGUUAAGGAGGGGAGAUGGUUGAAUGAGUACAAAGUCAAAGAAAAAAAGGCCAUUGAUUGGGAUGUGUUCCCAUAUGGCUACAACCUUACUUUGCAAGCCAAAGACAAAGGGUCUCCUCAGAAGUUCUCAGCUAUGAAACUGGUUCAUAUUGCCAGUCCUAAGAGAGAGAACAAUCCAAUCAAAUUUGAAAAGGAAACCUAUGAUGUAGCGAUCAGUGAAUUUUCUCCUCCUGGAGUAGUGGUUGCCGUAGUUAAAUUAAUCCCAGAAACCCAGGGAGAAGAAUAUAAAUUAACUCCCAGUGAAGAUGCACAGUAUUUCAAGAUAAAUCCCAAAACAGGGCUGCUUACCACAGCACUUCCUUUAAAAAUUGUUGACAAGGAAUUGUAUGACUUAGAAGUCACAAAUAAAGGAAGGGACUUAAAAGCACCUGUUACUGUGAGAAUUGAAGAUGCCAACGAUCAUAUUCCAGAGUUCACCCAGCCUUCGUACAGCUCCUAUAUCAAUGAAAGCCUCCCUGUGGGGACGAGCAUUCUAUCAAUUUCUGCCUUUGAUAAAGAUCGUGGGGAAAAUGGCUAUAUUACAUACAGCAUUGCUAGUUUAAAUUCACUCCCUUUUUCCAUCAACCAGUUUACUGGGGUGAUUAGCACGUCUGAAGAACUGGAUUUUGAGUCCUCCCCAGAGAGCUACCGGUUUAUUGUGAGGGCUUCGGAUUGGGGGUCCCCUUACCGCCAUGAAAGUGAGGUUAAUGUCACAGUCGUCAUAGGCAACGUGAACGACAACAAGCCGCUCUUUGAGAAGGUGGCUUGUCAAGGAGUCAUCUCGUCAGAUUUUCCUGUAGGUGGGCAUAUCACAGCUGUCUCUGCCAUAGACAUUGAUGAGCUAGAGCUGGUGAAAUACAAAAUUAUUUCAGGUAACGAAUUGGGAUUUUUUUACCUGAAUCCAGACUCGGGAGUUCUACAGCUUAAAAAGUCUCUUGCUGGUGCUAGCAUCAAGACCAGUAAUUUUGGACUUCGGAUCACAGCAACCGAUGGGGAGUAUUUUGCUGACUCUAUGUUCGUCAACAUUUCAGUAGUUCAUGGAAAGGUCUCUUCCAAGACCUUUAGCUGCAGAGAGACCAGGGUUGCACAGAGACUGGCAGAGAAGCUGCUAAAAAAGGCUAAAGCCAACGUGAAACUUAAUUCAGAAGAUGGCUUUCUUGAUUUUUAUUCUGUGAACAGGCAGGCCCCACACUUUGAUAAAUCCUUUCCCUCUGACCUGUCAGUCAGAGAAGAUCUCCCUGUAGGUGCUACCAUCUAUCGAAUCAAGGCCUACGACGCUGAUUCUGGAUUUAAUGGGAAGGUCCUCUACACCAUUUCAGCCGGUAACACUGACAGCUGUUUCAAUCUUGAAACGGAGACUGGUCUGCUUAAGGUCCUUAUGGCUCUGGAUCGUGAGAAAACAGAACUGUAUCUUCUUAAUAUUACCAUUUACGACUUAGGCAACCCCCAGAAAGCCGCAUGGAGAUUACUUACCAUAACUGUUGAAGAUGCCAAUGAUAACAAGCCGGUAUUUUUGCAGGAAAGUUACACCGUUAAUAUUUUGGAAAGUACAAGUAUUGGUGUGGAGAUUAUCCAGGUAGAGGCCAGGGACCGAGAUCUGGGAGCAAACGGAGAAGUGAUUUACUCCAUCUUGACAGACACGCGACAAUUUGUAAUCAAUAGCUCCACAGGGAUAAUUUACGUGGGUGAUCAUUUGGAUAGGGAAGCCAAGGCAAAUUUCACAUUAAAAAUAGAAGCAAGAGAUAGAGCAGAGAACGGGCACCAGCAGUUUUCCGUGGUUCCCUUAAAGGUUUUUUUGGAUGACGUCAAUGAUUGUGCUCCAGUUUUCAUCCCACCCAGCUACAGCGUGAAAGUCUUGGAAGAUUUACCAGUCGGUACAGUCAUUGCUUGGCUUGAAACCCAAGAUCCAGACCUUGGUCUCGGGGGACAAGUGCGUUACUCUUUGGUGAAUGAUUACAACGGGAGAUUUGAAAUAGACAAAUCCAGCGGUGCCAUCCGGCUCAGCAAAGAACUUGAUUACGAGAAGCAGCAGUUCUACAAUUUGACCGUACGAGCCAAGGAUAAGGGGCGCCCAGUUUCCUUGUCCUCGGUGUCCUUCGUGGAAAUCGAAGUGGUGGACGUGAAUGAAAAUCUCUACACCCCUUAUUUUUCUGACUUCGUGGUCAUUGGCUCCGUGAAGGAAAACUCCCGCAUUGGCACAAGCGUUUUGCAAGUCAGUGCUAGAGAUGACGACACCGGCAGAGAUGGUGAGAUCCAGUAUUCCAUCCGUGAUGGCAGCGGACUUGGGCGUUUUAACAUAGAUGAAGAAACUGGAGUUAUAUACACAGGUGAUAUCCUUGAUCGAGAGACUACUCAGUCCUAUUGGCUAACUGUGUAUGCAGCAGAUCGGGGAGUUGUUCCACUUUAUACCACCGUUGAGGUCUACAUUGAAAUUGAAGACGUAAAUGACAAUGCACCCAUGACUUCCGAACCCAUUUAUUAUCCGUCUGUUUUGGAAAAUUCGCCGAAGGACGUUUCAGUCAUUCAGAUACAAGCACAAGAUCCUGAUUCCAGCACGACUGAAAAAUUGACAUACAGGAUUACAAGUGGAAACCCCCAAAACUUUUUUGCCAUCAACACCAAAACCGGUCAAAUAAACCAUAAUUCAGAACAGAAAUGUGAAGGGCUCAUAACCACAACUUCAAGAAAGCUGGAUCGUGAACAGCAGGCAGAACACUUUCUUGAGGUUACCGUAACAGAUGGAGCAGUCUCUCCCAAGCAGUCUACCGUAUGGCUGGUGGUCCAAGUUCUGGAUGAAAACGAUAACAAGCCUCAAUUCCCAGAGAAAGUCUAUCAGAUCAAAUUGCCUGAGAGGGACCGAAAGAAGAGAGGGGAGCCCAUAUACCGAGCUUUUGCCUUCGACAAGGAUGAAGGCCCCAACGCGGAGAUCUCCUACAGUAUUGUGGAUGGAAACGAAGACGCCAAGUUCUUCAUUGACCCCAAGACUGGAAUGGUUUCAUCGCGAAAGCAGUUCACUGCUGGGAGCUAUGAUAUCUUAACUAUCAAAGCAGUUGACAACGGACGGCCCCAGAAGUCUUCUACAGCUCGCCUCCACAUUGAAUGGAUUAAGAAACCACCCCCGUCCCUCGUUCCUCUGACUUUCGACGAUCCCUUCUAUAACUUCACCAUCAUGGAAAGUGACCGGGUGACAGAAAUUGUCGGCGUGGUCUCCGUGCAACCUGCUAACAUCCCCUUGUGGUUUGACAUCGUUGGUGGCAAGCAUGCCCGAGAGAUGUUCUAUAUCCUACAGACAGCUUGUGGGCAGAACUGCUCAACCGAAGGGGGGAAUUUCGAGAGCUCUUUCGAAGCCGACAAAGGUGUGGGGACGAUUGUCGUUGCAAAACCCUUGGAUGCAGAGCAGAGGUCAAUGUACAACAUGACAGUGGAAGUCACCGAUGGGACCAAUGUAGCCAGCACUCAGGUAUUAAUCAAAGUUUUGGACAACAACGAUAACGGUCCAGAAUUUUCCCACCCAAGCUACGAUGUAAUGAUUUCUGAGGACAUCAUGCCGGACACUGAGAUCCUUCAAGUAGAAGCUAUGGACAGAGAUGAGAAGCACAAACUCAGUUACAUCAUUCACAGUAGUCUUGAUUCCGUCAGUAUGAGAAAAUUCAGGAUGGAUCCCAACACAGGCGUGCUCUAUACCGCUGAGCGUUUAGACCAUGAAGCUCAAGAUAAGCACAUUCUCAACAUAAUGGUUCGCGACCAGGAGUUCCCCUAUCGACGCAACUUGGCAAGGAUCAUUGUAAACGUGGAGGAUUCCAAUGAUCACAGUCCUUACUUCACCAGUCCUCUGUACGAAGCUUCUGUGUUCGAAUCAGCUGCCAUCGGAUCUGCAGUUUUGCAGGUCACUGCCCUGGACAAAGAUAAAGGAGAGAAUGCAGAGUUGAUAUACACCAUUGAAGCAGGGAACACUGGAAACACGUUCAGGAUUGAACCAGUUCUAGGCAUCAUCUCCUUGCUGAAAGAACCAGACCUGACCACCAUGGGCCAGUUUGUGCUAUCAGUUAAAGCAGCUGACCAGGGUUCUCCCCCAUUGUCAGCUACUGCCAUUGUCCGCAUAUCUGUGACGAUGUCGGACAACUCCCACCCCAAAUUCACACACAAGGAAUGGCAAGCUGAAAUAAAUGAAAAUGUUGAUUUUGGGACUUCAGUUGUCCAAGUCUCAGCAAUCAGUCAGUCUACAUUAGUAUACGAAGUCAAAGAUGGCAAUAUAGAUGGAGCCUUCGUGAUCAACCCUUAUUCUGGAGUCAUCACAAGUCAGAGGUCUCUUGACUAUGAACAUACUUCCUCUUACCAGCUCACUGUGCAAGCCACAAACAUGGCAGGGAUGGCAUCAAAUGCCACUGUAAACAUCCAGAUAGUGGAUGAAAAUGACAACUCACCUGUUUUUCUUUUUUCUCAAUACUUGGGCAGCAUCAGUGAGGCCGCACCAGUCAAUAGCAUAGUCCGGAGCGUGGGAAACCAUCCACUUGUGAUACGAGCCACGGAUGCAGAUAGUAAUCAAAACGCACUGCUCGUUUACCAGAUUGUUGAGUCAACUGCCAAGAAUUAUUUUACAGUAGACUCUAGUACAGGUGCAAUUAGAACUAUUGCUGAUUUGGAUCACGAAACCAUCGCACAUUUUUACUUCCACGUUCACGUUCGAGAUAGUGGCAAUCCACAGCUUACUGCAGAAAGUCCUGUGGAAGUUACCAUUGAUGUAACAGAUGUCAACGAUAAUCCUCCAGUGUUCAGUCAGGCAAUGUUUGAAACCAUCUUGCUUCUGCCAACUUACGUAGGAGUGGAGGUUCUUCAAGUCAAAGCUGUGGACCCAGAUUUAGGAGUCCCUUCUGAGCUGGCUUACAGCCUGAUUGAAGGGAACACAGAAUAUUUUCUCAUUGAUUCAGUCUCUGGGGUGUUAACUAUAAAAAACCACAGCCUUUCCAAAGACCAUUACAUGCUGAUAGUAAAAGUAUCUGAUGGAAAAUUUUACAGUAGUGCUAUAGUGACAAUCAUGGUCAAGGAAGCCAUGGAUAGCGGUCUUCACUUCAUUCAAAGCCAUUAUUCUACAUCAAUCUUGGAGAAUAGCACCAACAUCACCAAGGUAGCAGUGGUCAAUGCAGUUGGAAACUGUCUCAAUGAGCCCUUGAAGUACAGCAUUUUAAAUCCAGGGAACAAAUUCAAGAUCAAACCCACUUUAGGUCUUAUUCAAACUGUUGGCCUCCCGUUUGAUAGGGAAGAACAGGAAUUAUAUGAAUUGGUGGUGGAGGCGAGUCGUGAGCUGGACCAUCUACGGGUGGCCAGAGUGGUUGUCCGAAUUCUCAUUGAAGACAUCAACGACAAUGCUCCGGUAUUUGUUGGACUUCCAUACUAUGCUGCUGUUCAAGUUGAGGCUGACCCUGGCACUCUGAUAUUCCGAGUGAGAGCCAUUGACAAAGAUAAGGGUGCAAAUGGGGAUGUAUCUUACCUACUGAAGGAGGACUAUGGGCACUUUGAAAUCGACAGUCACAGUGGGAGCAUCACCUUGAAAGCACCCUUUAACUCUGACUUAUCCAAUAUAGAAUAUUUAAUUAUUGUCAUAGCUAAAGAUGGAGGUGACCCCUCACUGUCUGCUUCGGUGGAACUGCCUAUCACCAUUGUUAAUAAAGCCAUGCCCAUCUUUGACAAGCCCUUCUACACUGCCUCUGUAAAUGAAGACAUAGAAAUGAACACCCCGAUCCUGAGCAUCAAUGCUACCAGCCCAGAAGGUCAAGGUAUCAUUUACAUCAUAGUAGAUGGGGAUCCUUAUAAUCAGUUCAACAUUGACUUUGACACAGGAGUCCUCAGUGUCAUCAGUCCACUAGACUAUGAACUCAAUCCCAUUUUCAAGCUGAUGGUGAGAGCCAGCGAUGCUCUUACUGGUGCCCGAGCUGAAGUUACAGUGGACUUAAUUAUCAAAGAUGUCAAUGACAAUGCUCCAGUUUUUGAUCACUUUGCUUACAAUGCCACAUUAUCCGAAGCCUCUUUGAUUGGAACUCCUGUCUUGCAGGUAGUUGCUACUGAUGCAGAUUCUGACAACAACAAAAUCAUUCAGUACCAGAUAGUCCAGGACACUUUCAAUAGCACAGAUUAUUUUCAUAUCGAUGGGACCAGUGGCCUUAUCCUAACAGCCCGUUUGUUGGACCAUGAACUGAUGCAGCAGUGCAGCUUAAAAGUACGGGCCACUGAUAAUGGAUUCCCACCUCUAAGUAGUGAAGUUCUAGUGAACAUUUAUGUGACCGAUAUGAAUGACAACCCUCCUGUUUUUAAUCAAUUGAUAUAUGAAUCCUACGUUAGUGAAUUAGCUCCUCGAGGUCAUUUUGUGACAUGCGUCCAGGCUUCCGAUGCAGACAGCUCCGAUUUUGACCGAUUGGAGUACAGUAUCUUAUCUGGAAAUGACCGUACCAGUUUUGUGAUGGAUACCAAAAGUGGCGUCAUCACACUGUCAAAUCAUCGGAAGCAGAGAAUGGAGUCAAUGUACAGCUUGAAUGUUUCCGUUUCUGAUGGUUUGUUUACCAGCACUGCUCAAGUCCAUAUCCAGAUUCUUGGAGCUAAUUUGUACAGCCCCGUAUUCACACAAAGUAUUUAUGUGGCAGAAGUCAGAGAAAACGCUGUCCCAGGAACCAGGGUGAUCCAUGUAAAAGCAACCGAUGGAGAUUCGGGCAUCUAUGGUCAGAUAAGUUACUCCAUCAUCAAUGAUUUUGCCAAAGACAGAUUUGUCAUUGAUAACAAAGGGCAGAUCCUCACUACAGAGAAACUGGAUCGGGAACUCCCUUUGGAAGGUGACAUCACCAUAUUUUUAAGAGCUCUUGAUGGUGGAGGGAGGAGCACGUUCUGCACCAUCCGAGUCAUAGUAGUGGAUGAAAACGACAACGCCCCACAGUUCAUGACUGUGGAAUAUAGAGCAAGUGUCAAAGCAGAUGUUGGGAAAGGUCACUUAGUCACCCAGGUCCAAGCUGUUGAUCCUGAUGAUGGCGCCAAUGCUAGGAUUGUCUACUCCCUGUAUAGUGAAGCCUCUGUUUCUGUCGCGGAUCUCCUGGAAAUUGACCCAGACAAUGGGUGGAUGGUAACCAAAGGGAAUUUCAACCAGUUGAAAAAUACGGUGCUAUCCUUUUUUGUCAAAGCCGUUGACAGUGGUAUUCCUGUACGGCAUUCCCUUAUCCCUGUGUAUAUACAUGUUUUACCUCCAGAAACCAUCUUGCCUUCUUUUUCUCAACCUCAGUAUUCCUUUACAGUAUCAGAAGAUGCCCUAAUAGGGAGUACAAUUGAUGCUCUUCACGUUUUGCCUAACCAAGGAGUCAUCUACAGCACAGUUAAUGGCGAAUUGACUGGAAACAACAAGGAUGGAGUUUUCAUUAUAGAGCAAGACACCGGCAUUAUAAAACUGGACAAGAGGCUAGACCAUGAGGCAGAUCCCGCCUUUCAUUUUAAAGUGGCUGCAACCCUACAGCUUGAUAAGGUGGACAUUGUGGUAACUGUGGAUGUGGACAUUAAAGUUCUGGACAUUAAUGACAACAAGCCCAUUUUUGAGGCAGCCAAGUAUGACACGAUCGUAAUGGAGGGGAUGCCAAUAGGGACUAAACUUGUACAGGUCAAAGCAAUGGACGCAGACUCGGGGGCCAACGGUCAAGUCACCUAUUCUCUGUUAACAGAACUGGAUAUCGACAGGAUCUCAGAGGUGUUCACUAUUGACAGCAACAGUGGCUGGAUCAGCACCUUGAAAGAUUUGGACCAUGAGAAGGACCCCACUUUCGCCUUCACUGUGGUGUCCUCUGACCUGGGAGAAGCCCUCUCCCUCUCCUCGACCACCUUAAUCUCCGUCACCGUAACAGACAUCAACGAUAAUGCUCCCAUAUUCCAGCAGGAUAUGUACAGAGGAUCUGUGAAAGAGAGUGACCCCCCAGGAGAAGUUGUGGCUGUCCUUCGCACUUGGGAUGAAGAUACCUCUGACAUUAACCACCAAAUUAGCUACCAUAUUACAGGAGGAAACCCCAAAGGGAAGUUUGCCCUUGGCCUGGUUCAGAAUGAAUGGAAGGUAUACGUCAAGAGACCUCUGGAUCGAGAAGAACAGGAUGUCUACCUGCUGAACAUUACAGCCACCGAUGGACUGUUUGUAACCCAGAGUGCAGUGGAAGUGAUUGUCACAGAUGUGAACGACAACAGCCCUGUCUGUGAUCAGGUUACAUAUAUGGCAAUAUUUCCUGAGGACAUCCCUCCCAACAAAAUCAUCCUUAAAAUGGGCGCACAGGAUGUAGACAUUGGAUCCAAUGGUGAAAUUCGCUAUUCUUUAUAUGGCUCUGGAAACGGCAAGUUUCUUUUGGACCCCGAAAGUGGGGAGCUCAAAACCUUGGCUCCAUUAGACCGUGAAAAGACCCCUGUCUACAAUCUGAUCGCCCGGGCAACUGAUGGGGGAGGGAGGUUCUGUCAAUCAAAAAUCCAUCUAAUAUUGGAAGAUGUCAAUGAUAAUCCUCCACUGUUUUCUUCUGACCACUACACUGCCUGUGUCUAUGAGAACACUGCCACCAAAGCCUUGUUGACCAGAGUUCAAGCCAAUGACCCUGAUGUAGGGGUGAACAGAAAGAUUGUGUAUUCCUUGGCAGAUUCUUCAGAAGGCUUCUUCUCUGUCGACAUGUCCUCGGGCAUCAUCAUUUUAGAACAUCCUCUUGACCGGGAACUUCAGUCUUCCUACAAUGUCACCAUUAAAGCUUCCGACCAGGGCAUCGUGCAGACUCUCUCAUCAUUUGCUACCGUUACAAUUACUGUCCUGGACAUUAACGACAACCCCCCUGUCUUUGAGAGGAGAGAUUACCUGGCUGCAGUGCCUGAAGACACCUCACCAAAUGCCGAGAUUAUUUUUGUGUUUGCCACCAGCAAAGACAUUGGUACAAAUGCAGAGAUCACCUACCUCAUUAGAUCUGGUAAUGAAAAAGGAAAAUUCCAGAUUGAUUCUAAAACAGGGUCCAUAUCUGUAAUUGAAGCCUUGGACUUUGAAAUGUGUAAGGACUUCUUCCUUGUCAUUGAAGCUAAAGAUGGGGGCAGCCCAGCUCUGAGUGCCGUGACAACAGUGAAUAUAAAUGUGACGGAUGUUAAUGAUAAUCCACCAAGGUUUAGCCAAGAUGUCUAUAGUGCGGUCAUCAGUGAAGACGCAUCAGUUGGGGACUCAUUAAUAAUGUUGAUAGCCGAAGAUGUGGACAGUCCUCCCAAUGGACAGGUAUCUUUCUCCAUUAUCAGCGGAGAUCAAAAUAAUGAAUUUUCAAUUGAUCCUGGCUUGGGACUGAUUAAAGUUAAAAACAGAUUGGACCGAGAACGGGUUUCAGGAUAUUCAUUAGUCGUGCAGGCCCAAGACAGCGGUAAACCUCCUUUGACAGCCACAGUGACAGUCAAUGUGGACAUUUCUGAUGUGAAUGAUAACAGUCCUGUUUUUACGCCUGCCAAUUAUACAGCUGUGGUUCAGGAAAACAAGCCAGUGGGAACCAGUAUUCUGCAAUUGGUGGUAACGGAUAAAGACUCCCUGCACAAUGGCCCGCCUUUCACCUUCGCCAUCCUGGCUGGAAACGAAGAGAAAGAAUUUGUGCUUGACCAGCAAGGCAUUUUGCGAUCCGCCGUCAUCUUCAAACGCAUGGUAGCCACUGAAUAUGUGCUGUGCAUCCAGGCAAAGGAUUCGGGAAAGCCUCAGCAGGUCUCCCACACCUUCAUUCAGAUCCGGGUGAUCGAAGAAAGCAUCCACAAGCCAACAGCCAUUCCCCUGGAGAUUUUUAUUGUGACUAUGGAAGAUGACUUCCCGGGAGGUGUUAUCGGAAAGAUCCAUGCGACAGACCAAGAUGUAUAUGAUGUUCUCACCUACGGCCUGAAGUCGGAGCAGAAAAGCUUGUUCAAGGUUAACAACCACGACGGAAAGAUCAUUGCCCUCGGAGGGUUGGACAAUGGGAAGUAUAUCCUGAAUGUAUCUGUCAGCGACGGGCGGUUCCAGGUCCCCAUGGAUGUGACCGUCCACGUCGAGCAGUUAGCCCAGGAGAUGUUGCAGAACACCGUCACGAUCCGUUUUGAGAACAUCUCCCCGGAGGAUUUUGUGGGUCUUCACAUGCAUGGCUUCAGGCGUACCCUGCGCAACGCCGUCCUCACCCAAAAGCAAGAUAGCUUGCACAUCAUCAGUAUUCAGCCCGUGGCAGGUAGCAAUCAGCUUGACAUGCUAUUCGCGGUUCAGAUGCACACCGGCGGCUUCUACAAGCCGGCCUACUUGAUUCAGAAGCUUACCAAUGCAAGGCGACACUUGGAAAAUGUGAUUCGCAUCGCUGCCAUCCUCGAGAAGAAUUGCUCUGGGUUGGAUUGUCAGGAGCAGCAUUGUGAGCAAAAUCUGUCUAUCGAUUCCCAUUCCCUGAUGACUUACAGCACGGCAAGGAUUAGUUUUGUGUGUCCCCGAUUCUACCGAAACGUCCGCUGCUCUUGCAAUGGAGGAUUGUGUCCAGGCUCUAAUGAUCCUUGCACAGAAAAGCCUUGCCCAGGGGAUAUGCAGUGUGUAGGCUACGAAAUCAACCAGAGACUGUUCAUCUGUCAGUGUCCACCUGGAAAACUUGGAGAAUGUUCAGGACACACUUCUCUGAGCUUUGCUGGGAAUAGUUACAUCAAAUACCGGGUUUCUGAAAAUAGCAAGAACGAAGAAUUCAAACUGGGUCUCCGUCUGCGGACUCUGCAAAGCAACGGAAUUAUAAUGUACACCAGAGCAAAUCCCUGUAUAAUUCUGAAGAUCGUGGAUGGUAAACUCUGGUUCCAGUUGGAUUGUGGUGCUGGCCCAGGCAUCCUGGGAAUUUCAGGCAGGACGGUGAACGAUGGGAGCUGGCAUUCCGUCUUCCUUGAGUUGAACCGAAACUUCACCAGCCUCUCGCUGGACGACAGCUACGUGGAGAGGCGCAAAGCUCCCCUUUAUUUCCAGACCCUGAGCACAGAUAGCUCCGUUUAUUUUGGAGCCCAGGUACAGGUGGAUAAUGUCCGAAGCUUAACAGACAAGAGGUCCACCCAGGUCUUGAGCGGCUUCCAAGGCUGUUUGGAUUCCAUCAUCCUCAAUAACAACGAGUUGCCUCUCCAGAACAAACGAAGCAGCUUUGCGGAGGUGGUGGGACUAACCGAACUGAAGCUUGGCUGUGUGCUGUAUCCCGAUCCAUGUGAGCGAAACCCUUGUCAGAAUGGAGGAACCUGUAUCAGUGUGCCAUCUGGGGGUUACCAGUGUAGUUGCCUUUCUCAGUUCACUGGGCGAAACUGUGAAUCAGAGAUCACCGCUUGCUUUCCCAAUCCUUGCCACAAUGGAGGAUCCUGUGACCCCAUCGGCAGUGCCUUCAUUUGCGCCUGCAAGAGUGGAUUAACUGGAGUGACAUGUGAUGAAGACAUUAACGAAUGUGAAAGAGAGGAAUGUGAGAAUGGGGGCUCGUGCGUCAAUGUAUUUGGCUCCUUUCUAUGUAACUGCACUCCUGGAUAUGUGGGCCAGCAUUGUGGCCUAAGACCCGUCGUUGUUCCUAAUAUCCAAGCUGGCCACUCUUACGUGGGCAAAGAAGAAUUGAUAGGCAUUGCUGUUGUUCUUUUCAUCAUCUUUUUCUUGGUAGUCCUCUUCAUCGUCUUCCGCAAGAAAGUUUUCCGGAAAAAUUAUUCUCGGAACAACAUAACUUUAGUCCAAGAUCCAGCUACUGCUGCUCUGCUCCACAAAAGCAAUGGCAUUCAGUUCAAGAAUAUGAGGACCGGAGGCGACAACCGCAAUAUCUAUCAAGAGGUAGGACCUCCUCAGGUCCCAGUGAGGCCAAUGGCCUACACCCCUUGCUUCCAGAGUGAAUCCAGGAACAAUUUGGACAAGAUAGUUGACGGGCAUGGGAUGGAACAUCAAGAGAUGACCACCUUCCAUCCUGAAUCUCCCCGGAUCCUGACUGCAAGGAGGGGUGUUGUAGUAUGCAGUGUGGCUCCCAACCUGCCAACUGUAUCUCCGUGCCGUUCUGAUUGUGACUCCAUCAGGAAGACCUGGGAAAAUGGCACUGAAAGCAAAGGACUUGACGAUAUGGAAGAGGUGACCUGUUUGUCUGGAAGCAAUAAAGGCAGCAAUUCAGAAGUUCAGUCUCUCAGUUCCUACCAGUCAGAUUCUGGUGACGAUAACGCUUCCAUUGUGACUGUCAUACAACUUGUCAACAAUGUAGUUGACACAAUAGAAAAUGAAGUCUCUGAUAUGGAUGAAGGACAGACCUGCAACAGAGCUUACCACUGGGACACUUCUGACUGGAUGCCAAAUGCACGUUUAUCUGACAUUGAGGAGGUGCCCCAUUAUGAGACGGCCGAUGGCAGCUCAGCUCAUCACGGGAGCACACGGGAGCUCGAAACAGAUUACUACCUUGGUGGUUAUGAUAUUGACAGUGACUACCCUCCACCGCAUGAGGAGGAGUUUUUAAACCAAGACCAAUUGCCCCCUCCCCUCCCAGAGGAUUACCCAGACCAUUAUGAAGCCCUGCCACCAUCCCAGCCAGUCUCCAUGGCCAGCACGCUGAGCCCAGAUUGCCAGAGACGGCCACAGUUUCACCCAAGUCAAUACCUCCCUCCUCACCCCUUCCCCAAUGAGAUGGACCAUGGUGGGUCUCAGACUGGGAACGAAUUUAGUACUUUUGGUGUUGGCCCGGGACCAAAUACAGGCAACAGUCUGGCCAAGAAACCUUUGUCUUUACACAAUUCUCUGGACGCCUCCUCGUCCGAUGUUUCGAUGGGCUGUGGUUUUGAUGACUCUGAGAUUGCCAUGAGCGACUACGAAAGCAUUGAGGACUUUUCUCUGGACCACCAUCAGAUUCACAUUCCUUUUGUGGAGAUCCAUCAGCAGACCCAAGUGUGAAGGAGCUCUUUUCGUGGACUCCGUUGCUGUCAUUUGUUCAUUCAUAGCAUAACUGAACUCUUCUCUUUUGCUUCAUAAGUGUUCGACACGUCUGGUGCAGGGUUGAAAUCCAACCCAACCCAUUCUCAGCCUACCCAGAAGAUCGAUGUUGUGCAUGCACAUUACAGGGUGAAAACUGUAGCUUGUCUCAGAAAAUCAGUACCCAAGGUCAUCCAUCAGUCUUUGGAGUGGGCAUCUACUGCUUAUUGCCAAAAGUAAAUCCUAUUUUAAAUCCCAGACCAGUUAAUCAGUAAAGGAAAGGAUAGUUGGUAAUUUUCCUCCCUAAAAAAACCCUUUCUAAAUCAGUUCAUUCAGAAUUGCUGGUCUAUUAGAUGUAGUAUUUCCACGUUGCCCCAUAUGUUCUCUUGACUACGUUAAUGCACUCGUAAACACAGUAUAAGCCAAUCUUCCUCAGCUUGAUACUUUUCCUAGAGCAGUGGUGGUGAACCUAUGGCACACGUGCCAGAAGUGGCACGCAGAGCCCUCUCUGUGGGCACGCACACCGUCGUCCCAGCCCUGCCUCCCCCCCUCACCAGCAACCCCCCCCCAGGGGAGAGUCCCCCCUGGGCGUGGCCCGUGUGGAGCAGCGCAGACAAGGACAUGGUAGCAGAGACAAGACUCCACCCUCGCAUGCAGAUGAUGUUGCGGGACGCGGGUGGAGGGCAUGGCCACCAUGGCGCUGCAGGGCUGCCUGGUCGAUCGGUGGGCCGUGGAGGCAGUAGAUGGCCCUGCAGGCGGGCAGGGCAGUUUUUGGGCACUCAGUAUCUAAAAGAUUCACCAUCACUGUCCUAAAGUAUUAAGCUGCUGUUCCCAUAAUUGCUAAUUGGCAUGUUUCUUGGCCAUUCAGUCUACGAAUAACGGGAGAUGUGAUCCAAGGCACCAAGAGGGCAUCCAAUCAGGAGUGGUUCCAACUCAUGCCUACAGUUCUAACUCUGAAAGAUACCAAGAAUUAAGAGUUGUUUGGCCAUCGUGAUGAACCAAAUGGUAAGGAUUGAGGUGUCUCCUCAGUCUAAAACUUAUGCCACUGAGCCGUUAAUCUUUGCUCUCAUUUAAACAAUGGGGUUUUUAUGUGAAACUUAACACCAAGCUGACCUUGAUUCAAGGCUGAUGCUGCAGCCUUGAGUGGGUCAGGAGUAAAAAAAAAAUGGAAUGGCCCUGGUGGUGGGUGGGUUGUUUGUUUAUUUAUUUAUUUGCUGGGUUCCCUGUCAUCUUCUAAGCUUUCGUUCUUAGGAUACAUCUGCAAUUUUUUUUCACUCGUCUUUAAAUACCAUUUAAAUACCAUUUAUCCUAUAUUUGGUAACGGCUAGUGGAGUAAAAUCCGCAGGGACUCAAUUUAUCUUUACCUUUAAAUACUGUUUAAAGAGAGUGCUAUUGUAGGUUAUGACACCGUCGCCAUCAUGUAUUUCACGGGUGGAAAAAAAAAAAGAAACCCCGACCAGAUUAUCCUUUUUGCACGAUUGAAUACUUUUGAAUACACAUUCCUCGUGUAACUGGAAUUCAAGCUUCCAUCUUGUGUGGAUGCAAAACACAAAAGAAGAUGACAGGAGAAUUCAGCCGAGCAGCCACUGAAAGGAACAAAUAAAUUAUUCCUGGUGGAAGGGAAUUACGGUUUUUAUGGAUGUCCCUGCAGGUCUUUGGUGGGAUUGUCUGCGAGGGGAAGUGGGUCAGAAAAAGUAAAGAUGGUGACUGCAACCAUGUAACUUAAGGCUCAUUCAUUUUUCAUGUGUGUUACACAUCUGACACACAAAGAUGUAGCUUUGAUCACAUCCUAGCAGGUUGCCUUCUUGGCUUUUGCAAACCACACACCCCCUUUGCAAACAUCCGUUUCUCCUAACCCAGGGGUCAGCAACCUUGGCUCUUUUAUGACUCGUGGACUUCAACUAUGCUGGCUCAGGAAUUCUGGGAGUUGAAGUCCACGAGUCAUAAAAGAGCCAAGGUUGCCUACCCCUGUCCUAACCCUAUUUUGUUUUAUGAUCAGCACAAUGUUGAAUGAGUGCUUCCACCCAAACUGAGACAGAUUUUCUAAAAAUUCUUUACACCGAGUGACAAAUUUUGUUUUUUACCCAGCUUGAUAAAUCAAAUAUUUCUGGUGUCCUCACACUAAUCAGCACUUAUUUCAGCCUCAGAGAACACCAGUUAAUAAAUCAUAUCAAGCCAAGUGGUUCGUUAAAGUGCCAUGGAAUAAGCAGCUUUAUUUACAAAGGUUAUCUAUCUAUUACCUUGGAAAUUGAAUGAUCUGUUGAUUACUACGACUCCCGUUUCAGGCUACAAGAGUAUUGUAACUAAGGGUUAUAUCGUAAGAAAUGGUCUAGUUCUAAAAACCUGUUUUAAAAAAAAAAUUUUUUUUGAGCCGAGACAAUACACUGCCUGUAUGAAUAUUCUGAAUAGUACAAAUUUAAUGUGUGCUUCCUUUUCAGUGAUUUUAUUCCCUUGGGCUUCACCCCCAAAUAUGGUAGGCAUUCUUUUAUAGUGCAUUUAUAAAAUGAUGGUUUUUGUUAGCCCUUCUUAGCUUUUUUAUGAACCCGCUUUUGAAAUAUUUUGGGAUAAAGGAAACAUGGUACUUGAACCUUGUGUAUGGUGAGAAUGCUAACGUAUGGAAUUGAGUAAGAACCUUACUCAACAGAGAAACUAGCUGAUGACGUGGGUUGACCUUUCCAUGACUACGAAUGAGUGUAUGUGUGUGUGCAUCUGUGCGCGCACACACACACACACACAUAGACACACAGAAGAGUUGACAUACUCAACAUCUCCAACUGAUCAUGCUCACAGCAUUGAGGUUGCUUUGAAUGGAUACCAAAGUUACACAUUUGAAUUCUGAACUAUUGUUCAGUUGCACUUAUUUGUCCCCACAAGUCACACACACACACACACACACACACACACACACAAAGUUAUUAUGAAGUAAUUCUUCCUGACUUUUAAAAGGAAUUUUCAAAUAAUGCUUCUUUUGGAUAUUAACUACUAUACCUGAACUUAGCAAGAUACCUUUUUCCCCUUACUUUCUAGUAGUCUUCCGUAAAAAAUAAUAAUAUGAAACCUUUUGGUAGUUCAGAGUAAGGGGCAUUUUCCAUUCUCCUGGGUAACUUGCAUGUGUGUUCUAGAAACCCCUAAAUGUUAGGCUUUUCUUGUCCUGCCAAAUCCUAUGCAGUCAUCACUUUCUUCUUAUUCCUUAUCCCGCCUCUUUUAGCAGCUGGCUGCUCACUGCCCCAUUGAAUCAACGAAGUUGCCCCACUUAUUCUAGAGCAUAAUCUUCAUUGCUAAUCUCAGAAUUAAUUGCCCAUUUAUACAUUCCACUGUAUUUACUUUCAGAUUGUCUUGUAAUCUGCUAUUAAAUUUUAGCUUCACAUGGGUAAAAGCAUCCUAGACAAGUUAGCUAAAUGCAUUGGCCAAACUCCAGAUGUUUGUAAGCUUCCACAGUUCAGCACAAUUGGUAGACACGCACACUUUCUAUGCCAGGGUGGAUUCCCCCCCCCUUACUUUCUUUUACCAUGAAUCGCCCUGAUUUUUCCGUCUUUAUCCAAAUAGCAACUCAUCUGUCAAUUGGUGUUGAUGACAUAGGGUAAAAGAUUAGUAGUAAGUAAGCCGUACGUGAUUAAAUGGGAUUGAAGGCAAUGGAGCUUCAGACAGUCUUGACUCAGCCAGUCUACCCCAUAGAUAAUUACAACACAUUCAAGUGAUUCAAAGUGGGGAAAUUUGUAUUUCUGAUUGCUCCUAUAUACAAACCCGUUCAGCAUAUCAUAAAGUGGGACGGUUUGAAAAGAGCUGUAUGGCCAAUUUUUUCCCAAUAGGAUGCUUUUUCGUGAGUAAAUAUUUGAUUUAAGGUGGAAGAGGUUUCCGAAAAUACCUCCUUCCCACCAGCAAUCAGAAAUGGGACAUUUCAGAACUAUCUGAAUAAUAUGUAGCCGUUGGUGAGUUAAGCAGAUAAGGGGGAAUCAGGAAAUUCAAGAUGGCCACUUCAGUCUCGUAGAUGCAUCCACCAUCUUGAAUUUUCUUGACGCCCCUAUUGUCUACCGGCCCCCUUGUAGCCAUAGACAGCUGCAUUGCUUUGGUACGACUCAGGUUUUGUUCUAUGCAAAAGGGCUUUAUUCCUCCUAUUACCCAAGAUGGCAGUCUGAACUUCACAGAAAUAAGUGUUUUCCUAAAAAUAAUAAUAAUUCCAAAUUAUAAAGCUACAUCUCAAGCCAAAAGGUCCACACUCAGCAUUUUCUCUUUGUUUCCCCUAUUUACAAGAUGGUAAGAAUGUCUAUAUGCUAUCAUGUGAGCCAUAUCACACUUGAAGUAGUACUGCUCAGAGGCAGUAUUUAUUAGUUAUGUAAAUACUUGGUGCCCAGGUAGGGCCAGUCAUCCCAACUGCACACAAAACGAAGAAAACUGAGACUUCCACAUGCCAAUGUUGAUAGCAAAACGAUUUAAUAUUAAUUUACUGCUUUUAUUAGAGGGUCUUUCACAAACUAAAGGUAAAUAAUUUCAAUAUUGUCACAGAGAAACAGAAAUCUUUCCAAAAUUUUGAUGGGCCAUUUUAGCUGAACUGCAUCUUCCAAAUUCAUUCCAUAUAAUUGGGAGUGGAGAAAGAUUUGUUCAUGAUUAUGCAAAAAAAUGGAUUUUGGCCGUCUUCUUUCUUUGCUUAUUACAUCCCUCCAGUAGUAAAAUCCAUAGUAAGUUUUUCCAUGAAAGAUCAUUAUUUCAAGGCUAUGCAUCAUAUAGAAGAGCACUGAACUUUUUUUUUCAUUUAGAGAGAAAAGGAGAGGCAGUGGGAUGUAACUUCGUUUCAUCUUUUUUUUUUUAAAGAGCAAUAAUUUACAAAUGUAUUACAGGCCAUAACCAAACUUCACUACUGGCAGUGUUAAGAGAAUAAAUGAACUGGAUUGUGGGAAUUCAAGGCCUCACUUAACAUAGCUUAAGCAUAUGUUUGAAUUCUUACCAGAACAAUUUUUCAAACCCAGGAUAACUGCUUUUUCAGGAAGUUUAUUUGGGAAAAAAAAAUCUUAAGUUCUCCUUGAAGCACUGUAUAAGAAAGAUAAUUGUGUGUAAAUUUUACCUGUUGCAAGCAGGCUGGUUUGUAAAAGAUGUAUGUUUUUGGUGUUAAAAAGUUUAUAAAAUAAUGUAUAUAAUAAUUUUGAAAUUACUGGGCUUUUGUAGAUAUUCAAUGCCAAUCAGGUGGCUUUUCAUUUUUGUUACCUGUGUUCAUUUGUGUAAAGUCAUCCGUUACAGGUUAAUCAUAUAAAGCACUUCUUACAAAACAAAUCAAAAAUUCUUCUUAGUUGCUAAAGGAGACUUCAGUUUUCAUUUGGAUCAAUUGUUUUCCGUUCACUUCUGUUUCUAUGAAACUGCUUCCUGGUUGUUUUUUUAUGGGUUUUUUUGUUUUGUUUGUUUGUCUGUGCAAAUGCAAUCAUGUUUUCUAAUGACAUUUCUGUUGGCAUUAAAAAGGUUUCUCCAUUAUUUCACCCUGUAACAAACGUAUGCAAAAGGGAAGAUGAUCUCCGGAAAUGGAUCUUGUCCCUUGUUGCCUAACUCAUCAGUUGUUCAUUUUCCUGUUGGCAGUAUUGUCUUGUUAUUUUGCUAUUAAAAAAGAAACAAAAAAGAAACAAAAAA